GAGAAAUAGUGGUGAUGAGUUUUUUUUUUCCACUAGUGAGAGUGGUCUUAGACUAUUAGAUUUAAACUUAGCCGGUCAAAUCGGUCGUUCAUUCUAAAUUCCCAAACUUCUGCCAAAGUUCAUGGAAUUUAUCAUCAAUCGAAAUUAAAAUCUAGAUGAACCAGAGUUCAUGGAAUAAUCUCUCCAAGUUUUGCCAACUACUAAAAUCAUGCAUUGCACAAAGAAAUCUAUUAACAGGAAAAUCUCUUCAUACUCUUUACAUUAAAUCAGUAAUCCCAUCUUCAAUUUAUCUUUCCAAUCACUUCAUCAUUCUCUACGCAAAAUGCCGCCAGAUUUCUGCUGCGCGGAAAGUUUUCGACGCUACACCAUGCCCAAAUGUCUUCUCCUACAAUGCCAUAAUCGCUGCAUACGUAAAAGAAGGUAAAACUCGGAUUGCCCACCAGCUGUUCGACGAAAUUCCUGAACCAGAUAUUGUAUCAUUUAACACCCUUAUUGCUGCCUGUGCGGAGAGAGGGGAAACAUUGUCUGCUCUUAGGCUUUUUGAUAGGGUUAGAGAGAUAGGUGUUGAGAUGGAUGGGUUUAGUUUGUCUUCCAUGAUUUCAGCUUCUUCUAAUGAUGUGUUAUUGAUAAAGGAGUUGCAUUCUUUGGUUGUUAAAGGAGGGUUUGAUGUAUCAUAUGCUUCGGUAAAUAACUCACUUGUUAGUUGUUAUAGUAAAAACGGGUUUUUGGAGGAGGCGAAGAGGGUGUUUUGUGAGAUGAGUGGGAGAGAAGACGAGGUUUCGUGGAAUGCGAUGAUUGUUGCUUAUGGGCAAAAUAAGGAAGGAAGAAAAGCUCUUGAAAUGUUUCAAGAAAUGGUUCAGAGGGGUUUAAAUGUUGACAUGUAUACACUGGCUAGUGUACUUGCUGCCUUUACCAGCUUAGAAGAUCGUGUAGGCGGUCUUCAGUUUCAUGCUCGGUUGAUCAAAAUGGGAUUUCGCUCAAAUCCACAUGUGGGGAGUGGGCUGAUUGAUUUGUAUUCAAAAUGUGGGGGCAGUAUGUUAGAAUGCAGGAACAUAUUUGAGGAAAUUUCUGAGCCCGAUUUGGUUCUGUGGAACACUAUGAUCUCUGGAUAUUCUCAGUUUGAAGAAUUAUCUGAAGAGGCUGUUGCAUGUUUUAGAGAUGUGCUGCGAGUUGGUUAUCGUCCAGAUGAUUGCACCUUUGUAUGUGUCAUAAGUGCAUGCUCAAGCUCGCGUUCUCCUUCUCAUGGAAAGCAGAUUCACUCAUUGGUUCUGAAGUCUGACAUCCCAUCAAAUCGAAUAGCAGUUAACAAUGCUUUGGUAGCAAUGUAUGCGAAAUGUGGGAAUCUCGUUGAUGCAAGGCGGUUAUUUGAUAGGAUGCCGGAGCAUAAUGCCGUCUCUCUGAACACCAUAAUUGAUGGUUAUUCCCAACAUGGGUUUGGGAACAAAGCAUUGCAUCUUUUCAAUUGGAUGCUUGAAACUGAUUAUACUCCCACGAACAUAACCUUUAUUUCUGUGCUUUCAGCAUGUGCACACACAGGGAAAGUUGAGGAAGGCCAGAAAUAUUUUGAGAUGAUGACGGAGAAAUAUGGUAUUAUUCCAGAAGCAGAGCAUUACUCUUGCAUGAUUGACAUGCUGGGUCGGGCUGGGAAACUAGUUGAAGCUGAGGAGCUGAUUGAGUCAAUGCCGUAUAGCCCUGGUUCCAUUGGCUGGGCAGCUUUGCUUGGCGCCUGCAGGAAAUAUGGCAACAUCAACUUAGCUGUUAAGGCGGCCAAUCAAUUUUUACUGAUGGAUCCUUUAAAUCCUGCUCCGUAUGUCAUUCUUGCAAACAUAUAUGCGGAUGCUGAAAGAUGGGAAGAUUAUGCAAAGGUCAGGAAGCUUAUGCAAGAUAGAAAGCUUAGAAAGAAACCAGGGUGUAGUUGGAUUGAGCUAGACAAAAAGAUUCACACUUUUGUUGCUGAAGAUGCUUCACACCCUAUGAUAAGAGAAAUAUACGAUUACUUGGAGGAGAUACUAUUGAAGAUAAAACAUGCUGGUUAUGUGCCAGAUGUACGAUGGGCAAUGGUUAAGGAUGAUAGAAUAGGAAAAGCAGAAAAGGAGAGAAUGUUGUAUCACCACAGUGAAAAACUAGCAAUUGCAUUUGGGUUGAUGUCAACUAAAGACGGAAAGCCUCUCCUUGUUGGGAAGAACCUACGAAUAUGUGGAGAUUGUCAUAAUGCUAUCAAGCUUAUUUCUUCUGUUACUGGAAGGGAGAUAACUGUCAGAGAUACCCGAAGAUUUCAUUGCUUUAAGGAUGGAAAAUGCACAUGCGAGGAUUAUUGGUAGCAGUUGUCAUUGUUUUUAUCUAUAACACUUGAUCUGAGAUUUCCUACUGCAGCAUUGUUUUCCAACACUGGAUUAUAUGCAGCAACUUCAUCGUCUGCCUGAUAUUGUGCAAAUUACUAGUGUGGCAAACAUUAUUGAAAGACAGAUAUCUGGAGCUCGGGAAGCAAAAGCUAACUGGCUGCUGCUGUUUAUUGUGCUUGAAGAGGAAAGAAACACCAGUGAUAGCAAAAUAGCAUUGUCGAAGAUUUCCUGGAGCUGCAUGCCUACACACGGCUACACCUAUGUUCAUAUCAGAAGGGGGAGUGAAUCAAGCUUUUUUGUAACAUUAUAGUUACAACCACUGUCAGUUUUCUUACUACUCUGUUUACAACAACAACAACAACAAAGCCUUAGUCCCAAAAUGAUUUGGGAUCAGCUAACAUGAAUCGUCGUAAGA